GUGGUGGGGAUUGUCCCUCCAGGGGCGAAGUUUGCGCGAAUGCCCAGCCUGCCUGAGUCAUCCGAGUUGCCUUUCUUCUCUCACACGGUCUCUCCAUCAAUAAGAGAUAGCGGAAGUUUAGCGGUGGAUCAGCAGCCCCACACGCCGGAAGUGGAGGUCGCCCUAUUCACUGGCAGCAGAGAGAGACACAGAGAGAGAGGGAGAGGGAGAGGUGAGAGGGAAGGAGAGCGAGGAGGGGCGGUGGAGGAGAGAGGAGAGAGGAGAGAGGCAGCGGCAGCCGCAGCCCCGAUGGCUGCCAAGUCGGACGGGCUGUUAAAGAUGAUGAAGAAGAGCGACGUGGCUUUUACUCCUCUGCAGAAUUCCGAGCACAGCAACCCGGGGCAGCGGCAUCAGGAGCGGCAUCAGCAGCAGCAGCAGCAGCAGGAGCAGCAGCAGCGGCAGCCCGGGGACGAGGAGGAGCGGCAGCAGGGCAGCCCCGGGCACGGCUCGGCCGAGCUGCCGCCCCGCUGCUGCACCGGGCUAUGCCGGGGUCGCUGCCUGCGCUUCGCCCGGCACCAGCGCUACACGCUGUGGGACGGGCUGUGGAUCGUGGCCGCUGUCACCGUCUAUUUCUCGGACGUGGGCACCGACGUGUGGCUGGCGGUGGACUAUUACCUGCAUUCCCGUUACUGGUGGUUCGGCUUGACUCUCUUCUUCGUGGUGCUGGGCUCGCUGGCCGUGCAGGUCUUCAGUUUCAGGUGGUUCAUCCACGACUUCAGCGCCAGCAGCGGCGCGGCCGUGCAGAGCGGCAGCCCUGUGGAUGGCAAGGUGCUGGGCAGCGCCGGGGCCAGCGGCGAGACCGAUGCCCGCUCGCCACAGAGGCAGCCUUCAAACACCAGGACCGACAACACGAGCAAAAGCAACAAGGCAUCCUCCUGUUCCUUCUGCGUCUGGCUCCUGCAGUCUAUCAUCCACAUCCUUCAGCUCGGGCAGCUCUGGAGAUAUCUGCGCACUAUAUAUCUCGGUAUCAGAAGCCGGCAGAGUGGGGGGCUUGACCGCUGGCGAUUUUACUGGAACAUGGUGUAUGAGUAUGCGGAUGUAAGUAUGUUACAUCUGCUGGCAACGUUUUUGGAAAGUGCUCCACAGCUUGUGCUGCAGCUGUGCAUUGUGAUUCAGAGCCAUCGCUUAGAAGCACUUCAAGGCCUUACAGCUGCUGCAUCUUUGGUAUCAUUGUCUUGGGCCUUGGCAUCGUACCAGAAGGCACUUCGAGACUCCAGAAAUGAUAAAAAACCUAUCAGCUACCUGGCUGUUAUCAUUCAGUUCUGUUGGCAUUUCUUCACCAUUGCAGCCAGAGUUAUCACAUUUGCCUUGUUCGCAUCAGUUUUCCAACUCUAUUUUGGGAUCUUCAUAGUUUUACAUUGGUGCAUCAUGACUUUCUGGAUCGUUCAUUGUGAGACAGAGUUCUGCAUUACCAAGUGGGAAGAGAUUGUAUUUGACAUGGUUGUGGGAAUAAUCUAUAUUUUCAGUUGGUUCAAUGUUAAAGAAGGAAGGACUCGGUGCCGCCUGUUUAUCUACUACUUUGGAAUCCUUUUGGAAAACACUGCCUUGAGUGCUCUGUGGUACUUAUACCGAGCACCUCAAAUAACUGAUGCUUUCGCCAUCCCAGCGCUUUGUGUUGUAUUUAGUAGCUUUUUGACUGGAAUCGUUUUUAUGUUGAUGUAUUAUGCCUUUUUUCAUCCAAAUGGCCCAAGGUUUGGCCAGUCACCAAGCUGCGCUUGUAAGGAACCCGUGACCACUUUCAAUUUGCCAGUAGAUGUGUCGGCAAAUGCGUUGAGGUCUGUUUCUCAAAACAGGGAACAGAAACUCCCAGAAAGGGAUAGUUGUAUGCCUGUUUUUCAGGUCAGACCAACAGCACCCUCCACACCAUCUUCGCGCACCCCACGAAUAGAAGAAACAGUGAUCAAAAUUGACCUUUUGAGAAACAAGUAUCCAGCUUGGGACAGACAUGUUUUGGACAGAAGUCUGCGAAAAGCCAUCCUUGGUUUUGAGUGUGCAUCCUCGCCACCUCAGCUCCAAUACAAGAAUGAAGCCCUCAUUGAAGAACGGCUGGAGUAUGAAACAACUCUGUGAUAAAUUAACAAGUGGUUCUGUUAAGGACGCACGUUGCCAAAACAGAGGCUGAAACUAGGAUUGUGAUGAUAACAGUGAGUAGAAAGUUUCCUCUGGGUGCUGCAUCUAGUGGACCAUAAAGCAAUUUGUGGUUUUGAUGCGCACGGUACAUUAAUGUGUAUGCUGCCAAGAGCAUCAAUGUUUAUAAACUUGGAGAGGCAGAGAAAUAGUGCUAUGAUUAGCGUUUUCUUAAUAUUACUUCAGUGAUAUGGUGCUAAUUCAUCUGCCGGCAUAAUUUUCCAAAAUUGGGCUUCUCAAACCUGUUAAGAAUUCAAAAUGCAUUAUUUGCUGGCAGUAUGAACAUGCACAUUUUUUAGUGUCUAUAAUUGAACAGCAUUUGCAAACUGUCUCCUUGAUUUAUGUAAGAGUUAAAAAUAUGUGAUUUUGUUGGGGUUUUUUAAUAUAUUGUGAACUAUGCUAGAAAGUAACUUUUUAAAUGGAUAAUCGUGAUAUUGUGGACUAAAUUUUAUGCAGAUGUUGAAUACAAUGUUGGCAGCUUUCCAUUCUGCAUUGUAUCAUCAUGGGAACUGAAAUAGAAUUUUAACUAUCUACAUAUAUGUAUAAAGCUUAAGCAAUGGUGUCUGCCCCAAAACAUCAGCCUGCAGUUUGUGGCUGAUUAGUAAUUUGAUUGAACACAAGUCCCUGUAUUUUUAGUGAGAACCAGGGUCACGAUUAUCUCAGUGUGAAGCCAAGGAAAUAAUGUAAAUUCACCAGAACAGUCGAGAUACAACAUGCAAAUGCAGAGACAUACCAUUAGUACACUCAGUGGAAACAACUUAGCUGAAUAGAAAAGAAGCACAAACUUUCAUACAGUUUAUCAGCUGCUGGGCAGAGUUCCAGUUGAACCCAGUCUUGAUAACUGACUAUGAUACAUUCCUCAGUACUGGAAGCUGUGCUUGGGCUAAAAUGUCAGUGUAAUCACUAUUCACGGAGUGAGAGUAUAAUGGGGGAUGCAAUAAACUAAUUAAUUGUAAAUAGUUGCAAGAGAAGAUUGAUAAAAUUGUUUCCACUGUUAUUGUGGACAUUAUUGAGAGCGUCCAAUGGCCCUGCAUUCCGCGGUAAUGUAAUUGUAUAAAUCAGUAAUGAACAAUUGGGCAUACGCUUAUGUGCCAGAAUAUAGUUUAAGAUACUUUGCAUUAGAAAAGGUUGAUUUUGCUUGUCAGUGGAAACUCCUAAUUACUGUACAUUAUUUAUGUUGCAAUUAUUAAUAAUUUUACCUGUAUAAGUGUUCUGUCUGAAAAAUCUAAAUACAACAGGAAUAUGCAAAGAA